ACCUCCAAACAAAACAACACAUUCUCUCUAUCUCUUCAUUACUAACACUACUAAACAACCACCAACUUCCAAAAAUGGUUGGUCAGGUCUCCAACGAGCCCAUCAACGGAACCUACAACCGGGCCAAAGAAAUCAAACAGUUCGACGACACCAAAUCCGGCGUCAAAGGCCUCGUCGACUCGGGCCCGACGAAGAUCCCGAAGUUCUUCGUCCACCCGCCGGAGACCCUGCCGACGUCGCCACGACCGGACGCAGCCGUUGGGCUCGAGCUCCCCUCGAUAGACUUCUCGGGGGCGGAGAGCGCGGGGGGCGAGAGGCGGAGGGAGGUGGUGGAGGAGAUACGGAAGGCGGCGUCGACGUGGGGGUUCUUCCGGAUGGUGAACCACGGGGUGCCGGUCGGCGCGAUGGAUGCGAUGCUGGAAGCCACUAGAAGAUUCCACGAGCAGGCGACGGAGGAGAAGAAAGGGUUGUACUCCGGUGAUGCGAGGCUGAAGGUGAGGUUUACUAGUAACGUGCCGACGCGUGAGUCGGACGUCGGUUGCUGGAGGGAUAUCCUGACUUGUGUUUUUCAAGAUGAUAGUUUGGAUCCUCAAAUUCUUCCUCCAGUUUGCAGAAAAGAGGCGCAAGAGUAUGUGAAGCACAUGAUCAAACUGAGGGAGACAAUGGCUGAGUUACUCUCAGAGGCAUUAGGGUUAACCAGUGACUACCUUUCAAAUAUCGAGUGCAUGAAAAGUGAAGCCAUGGCAUGCCUCUACUACCCAUUUUGCCCCCAGCCAAACCUCACAAUGGGCAACGCCCAACAUUCAGACACAACUUUUCUAACAGUUCUGCUCCAAGAUCAUAAAAUUGGUGGUCUCCGGAUUCGGCACCAAAAUCAAUGGGUCGACGUCCCUCCGGUCCAUGGAACCCUCAUUGCCAACAUCGGGGAUCUUAUGCAGAUAAUCUCGAACGACAAGUUCAAGAGCGUGGAGCAUAGAGUGCUGGCUCAACCAAUAGGACCCAGGCUCUCAGUUGCGUGUUUCUUCCACCCCGGCACCAAUGCGAUUUCUAAGCCAUUUGGACCCAUAAAGGAGCUUCUAUCGGAGAAGAAUCCCCCUCUUUACAGGGAAUUCCUGGUCCAUGAAUACGUUGCCUAUUACAAGCUCAAUUUUGGACUAAUUGCCUCUGCCCUUGCGGAUAAAAAAAAAUAAAAAAAUUGCCUCUGCCCUUCCUCACUAUCGACUGUGAAUUCAUUGACUCCUAUGGCUGGCUUGUGGUGUAUUUGUAUUUCCAGCUGAAUAACAAAAUAGUAUAUCAUGCUCUAUUGCUCUUCAUAAGAGCUACAAUUUGAUGGUUGUUCCAUUACCCGUGAGAUAUAAUUUCACUAUGGUUACUUGUAUAAGAGCAGUGCAGAAGUAUAAUGAAUAAAUUGAAGACGAACACGAGCGUUUUCAAAUUCUGGUUGUGUCCAUAAUUUGGCAUUCUUUCCGUAUGAAACAAUCUCGGGUUUCUUCCCUUUCAUAUUGAAAUGACCAGAACUGUAACCCGCAACAUAUAUCAUUACGCCACUACUAUACUAUUCUAGAUGAAUUUUCUCAGGGAGAGAAUGUUUAUAGAAAAGAAAAGAAAUAUUCGUAAGAAUCCAUCAAAGUAAAGACUAGUUUUAUUUAUAUCAGGGUCCAAUCUAAAAGAUACAUAUCUCUUGCACAAUACUUAGAUUUCCCCCUAGAACAGAACAACUCCACAACUUUCAUAGGCAUAACACAACUCUACAACUUUCAUAGGCAUAACAUGUCUUUAACAUCAAUAUUACUGAACGCAAGAAUACAGAACUCGGCCAGAGAAAAUGUCUCAAAACACUCGAAAGACAGGCUCAAUUGCAUGGAACACAUCCUUGUGAGUAUCCCAUGCAUGCUUCUUUCAAGGGUUGAUUUCUGUGUUCCUAUGUACCUGUAAAUCACAGCCUAAACCAAUCAAGGACUUGGCUGCCAUCAAGUCCUCGAGCCAAGUAUUUGUCAUCGUACUCACUAGGGGAGAUAGCCCUGUAUCGCGGUGGAGUGCCGUCUGCCAGAAGCUCGUUUAUCGGCCCAUAAACUUUAUAAUGGUUCUUUUCAGUUGGAAAGAGAAGACACGAACACGAUAUCCUUGGACCAACCGUUCCAGCAA